UGCAGCAGAGAAGUCUCACAACCCGUCCAUCUGCCGACAGGGAAUGGACACAGAAUGUCUCUACUGGAAUUAAUCCUUAUUUUCGUGCUUCAGUUUGAAGCAGGCAUCCUUGGAGAAACCACUCUCUAUAAAAGACCUGGACAUGAUGUCAUUGUGCCCUGUGCCCUUACAUCAUCCUCUGACACAACAUGCUCCAGUGUUAUAUGGUUUUACAGAAGAGUAUUAUCUCAGACUUUCAAUGAGGUUGUGAAUGGAAAAGUUGAGCAGACCUCAGCCCGAGCUGCCAGGCUGAGUCUGGACGCCAGAUGCUCUCUGGUCAUUAACAACAUCACUGCUGAGGAUGCUGGUCGCUACACCUGCUGGCAGGGGAGGACCCCUAAUAAUGAUAUACAUGUACAGCUCAAUGUUCUGACAAUCUCUCCAUCUCCACCAGAUGCUGAUCCAAAGAGGGACGGUAACAUCACAUUAGAGUGCUCUCUGUUGAGAUACAGCGACCUCCCUCCUUGUGAACAGAACAGCAUCCGCUGGGUGGAUGAGACAGGAACUGUGUUGCUUGGUGAAGGUGUCGGGUACAAGCUCCUCAGACAGAAGAACUGUGUUUCUGUUUUGACUGUGAAGCGUCAGAGUGGCCACAACAGGAGAUACACCUGCCAGGUUGUUGAUAAGAAGAACAAUGUAGAGAUAGAGGCUGACUACACACCUUUCUUCACAGAUCCUUCACCUGAUCAGCCCUACAUCAUAAUUGGUGCAGUGGUCGGGAUGGUGGUAGUGCUGGUUAUCAUCGCUGCUGUUUUCAUAAAAUACAGGAAGAGAGUCCAAGAGGCAAAAGUGACAGAGGAUGUUCAAAAACCAAUCCAACAGCCUGAUGAGCUGGAGAACAAUCUGACAUAUGUGACUGUUAGCCAUAAUCAGCAGGCCUCUCUGGAGAAAAAGGUCGAGGAGGAGGAGGUGACUUAUUCUGCAAUCAGACUCCAAUGAAGACCGAAGCAGACAAUGAUCCCAGCUACAGCUAUGUCAGAAAAUCAAAAGAAAUUAGAGGACUUCUCAUAAUGUCGUAUUAAAGUGUUUUCUGUUUUGUUGUGCAGUGGACAGAUGGAUUUGCACCUACGUUGAGUAGUUGUUUUGAGUUUCUGUUGGACUGUUUCUGUUGCUCAGGUGAACUUAUAAGUUGUUACUGCUAUAGAUUGCAUCUUCAUAAGCAAAGAAAAAGCUGCUGUGCUUUACAGUCUUUUUGUAUUUGAGUUUUUCCAAAUAUUUCAGUCAAGUCCAAAUGUUCAGUAAACAGAAUCGCCCUUAAUGUUCAAAUGUUACUGUGAUAGCAAAUUUUAUUUGCACCCCCAUUUUGGGUUUUAUGAGAGUAAACCUAACCUGUUAUUUUGCCAGUUGAGACAUUUUAUUUUGUUGUAAAUGUGUGUUAUAUUACAUAAGCACUGCUAUGAUAUCUAGUAAAAGAUUUGAAUAGAUAUUGUU